AUGUCUCUGUACCGAAUCCUGUCGUCCGGUCCAGCGGCGUCCGGCGGAGUCCAGUGCGGUACCGAGAGGGUUAUCCAUGGCAGAAAAUCACCCCAGGGUCAGAUAUAUCAUGAAAUAUACCAAAGCCCAAAAUGGGUCAACAAGUCUGCUGUUUUCAAGGCCGGUUGUCGAGCCAAUUUUCCGGCAAAGACCGAAAUCGAAGGUUGA